UCUUCGGAAUCUUUCAACAAUGCAAAAUCCUCCUGUUGAUUGACUUUCUCACCAGCCACAGAAGACUGGCUUGACGCCUUCGAAACACAAAGAUCUAGAUGGCAACCAUGAUUCAACGCGAAGAAAAUAAUAAAGCAAGGACUUCAUCUUCUUCGUGGUUACAACUUCCUUCCGAUCUUUUGUGUGAGAUCGCGAAACGGAUAAACUCUUACGAUGAUUUUAUUUCUUUUGGCGCAGUCUGUCCGUCAUGGCGAUCCGCUGCGAUCAACGAAAAUUUCAACAGAUCUCCUCAAAUUCCUUGGCUAUUACUUCGAACAAACGGUUGUAGCCCUGUACUGUUCAACAAUUCAAAACGGAAAUUUCAUAAACCUUAUUUACCUGAAGCCAAUUCAAGGUACGAUCCUUGUUUUUCUUUUGCUUCCCAUGGCUGGCUCUUGAUUCAAACUAGCCAAAUCUUUCUUUUGCAUCCUUUAACUCGUCGAAAGAUUCUCCUUCCGGAGGUGAUCAAAAAGAGUGUGGAACUUAUUCACUUCACGAUUGAGCUCAGCUUUAAGGCUGCCUUGUCUUCUAGUCCAACUUGUACUGAAAAUUUUUCUGUUGUGGUUACUUAUCAUCGUGGAUUGGCUUUUUAUAAAUCAGGCCACUCAAAUUGGACAUAUUUAGUUGUAGAUGGUGUUACUCGCAUUCUUGAUGUUAUAUUUUUCAAAGAUCAGUUUUAUUUUCUUGAUAAUAGAGGAAGGAUUUUAGUUUUGGAGGUUGAAGAUGAUUUUAAGACUAGAGUUAUCCUUCAAUUACCCUAUGCUGUGUUUAUUCAUGCGGUUUAUGAAUUCCAAAAGUGUUAUCAUCUAGUCGAAAUGGAAUUAUCAAAAUCAAAGUCAUUGAUGCUAGUUUUGCAGAGAAAGCGAGAUUUUUCUCACACAGAAGCAUUUGAAGUUUUUAAAUUGAACUUUGAGAAUGGUAAGUGUGAAGAGGUUGAGAGAUUGGACAAUAAAGCAUUGUUUUUGGGUCAGAAUUCAAGUUUGUGUGUUGAUGUCAAGAGGAGAUCGUUUAGGACUGGGUAUAUGGCCAAUCGUAUAUACUUCAUUGAUACUGAAGCUGCAAGUCGUUAUAGGGUUGGUAGGGAGAAGAAUUUGGGUAUCUAUAAUAUGCAGACUGGGAGAAUUGAGAGAAGUUUUGCAAAUAAUUGUGCAUAUCUCAGUCCACUCAUGUGGAUUGAGUUAUUGCCUUGACCUUGUUUCAAACUGUAGUAAGAUAUACUUGGUUUAUGAAUAUGUUAAGAAGAUUGAGUAUGUAAUGUUUUCCCUUUUGUUUGUAAAUAAAUAACAGACACCACUUACUUAGAUACCACUUUAUAUUGAUCUUU